AUCUACACAUACUUUAAUAGAUAUUCAAUUUUUUAAAUGUCUAAACAGAAAUGGAUAGAAGCUUGCCGGCGUCGAUCAACACAGCACCUUUCGGUAGCGGUUCACCGAGGUUCGGUAAAAUCACGCUUCAUCCCUGUCUAGAUCGAAGCGGUUUAUACACGAAAAGGCCCCAAGCAUGUGAUCCAUGUUUAUACCGUCCAAAAGACACGUCCAAAAUAUGCGAAUACACCAAAAUCAACCAAACGGGCAAAGGACCGUGGAGGCAUAAAAUCGAACUAGAGGAGUGGGCCAAAAACUUGGGAUACCGCAACACUGCGAUACUUCGAGAACGAAAAUGGUUUAAAUCUAUCCUCGGACCGGCAUGGUACGAACGCAAAGAUGCUGGGUCGAUAGCAAAAAGCCCAAAUUUCAGUAAAAAUCUCCGAUUUAUAACCGUCAUAAAUAAUGCUCCACCACCGGGCACAUAUCACAGGGCUAAAUCGUACAAGGCACCGUACGGCCCGCACUCCAGUAUACCAUCCUUCGAGUGGUCGGAACCCUGCAGAUUUAGAACUAAGAUCGUCGAUUGGUCUAUAGCUCCUAAUCGAUACAAAGUCAAAGACGGGGGUAGCAUUGAGGAGAAAUCGAGGACAGUGGUGUCCACUCGCGGCCCUUACGAUUUGUUCACCGGUCCUCGCGACAACACCACCAUAAGGAACCGCUUCAGCUCAUCCAAAUGCGUCUCCGCAACUUGGCCUACGAAGCUGAAAGACACCCUAGCGAGGUAUGAGAAGUCGCAUUUCGGUGAAAUGAACAAAACCAACCGUGAAUCGCCUUAUAGAGGGCGCAACGCUUUGGUGGACUUAUCCUUGUGUCUGAAACGGGCGGAAGACCCGAGUCCGGCGCAUUACACGGUGAAUCCGCCUACGGUUUUGAAGGAAUGGGCAUAUCCCUUCAACAGCAGCUAUGAUAAGCCGCGUGGACACGUACCGGCUACAGUUUGUCCCGGCGUCGGAAGGUACAACAUAAAAACUAAACAUUGCAUUAAGGGACAUGGUCAUAAACAUGUUUUUUUGAGCAAACAAGGAAGAACUAUCGGCGCAAACCUCCCACAACCAUUAAACUCUUUCUAGUAUUUUAAUAAAAAUAUUUUAUACUCUUGUACUUAAAUGUUAUAA